CUGUUGUAUCAAUGCGCAUCAGUCCAUGUGCAGUUCAGUGGCCUAAGAAGAAGGCCGAAGUGUUCGCCGAUUUUCGACUUCUUUUUCAAGUACAGAAGCAAGACAAGUCGAUCGAAUUAGCCACUGGAUUGUAGGGAAAGCCAAGUCCCAACAUGGAUCUCAUACAAAUCCUAGAAAAGACAGUAUCGCCCGAUAAAAAUGAGCUGGAUGCGGCGCAGCAGUUCCUUGAGGAAUCGGCGAAGGGAAAUCUGCCGCAGUUCAUCCUGGCGCUGUCCAAGGUGCUGGCGGACCCGGGGAACAGCCAGGUGGCUCGCAUGGCAGCUGGCUUACAGCUGAAGAACCAGCUGACGUCCAAGGACCCGACCAUGCAGGUGCAGUACCAGCAGCGCUGGCUGAGUAUGGACAUGAACAUCCGGGCUGAGAUCAAGAACAAUGUGUUGCAGACCCUGGGUACAGAGACCACGCGGCCCAGCUCGGCUGCCCAGUGUGUUGCCGGUAUAGCCUGUGCCGAGGUGCCCCACAACCAGUGGCCUGGCAUCAUCCAACACCUGGCCGCUAACGUCACCACACCUGGCAGGACUGAGCAGGUCAAGGAGGCUACACUGGAGGCUAUCGGAUACAUCUGUCAGGACAUGGACCCAAAACACCUUCAGUCUGAGGCCAACAGGAUCCUGACUGCCAUCGUACAGGGCAUGAGGAAAGAAGAACCAAGUAUCCCAGUCAAACUGGCUGCCACAAAUGCUCUCCUGAAUUCUUUGGAGUUCACCAAGGCUAACUUCGACUCUGAAAACGAACGCCACUUCAUCAUGCAAGUGGUUUGUGAGGCGACCCAGUGUGAAGAAACUCAGGUAAAUGUGAAGGUAGCAGCCUUGCAGAGUCUGGUAAAGAUCAUGUCCCUGUACUACCAGUACAUGGAGACCUACAUGGGACUGGCUCUCUUUGCUAUCACUGUGGAAGCUAUGAAGAGUGAGGUAGAUGAAGUGGCUCUCCAGGGUAUUGAGUUCUGGUCGACAGUUUGUGAUGAAGAAGUGGACCUAGCUAUUGAGGCGAGUGAGGCCAUGGAACAGGGGCGCCCUCCGGAGCACACGAGUAAGUUCUACGCCAAAGGAGCGCUGCAGUACCUGGUGCCCAUCCUCAUGCUGACUCUCACCAAACAGGAGGAGUUUGAUGACGAUGAUGACUGGAAUCCCUGCAAGGCAGCAGGUGUGUGCCUGAUGCUGCUGGCCACCUGUUGUGAGGAUGACGUGGUGAAACCCGUCUUGCCGUUCAUCCAAGAACACAUCAAGAACACAGACUGGCGCUUCAGAGACGCUGCCGUCAUGACUUUUGGCUCCAUCCUGGAAGGCCCAGACCCGACUACCCUGAAGCCGAUGGUAGUGGCUGCCAUGCCCAUGUUGAUAGAACUGCUGAAGGACCCCAGUGUGGUGGUGAGGGACACCACGGCCUGGACAGUGGGCAGGGUGUGUGAGCUGCUGCCUGAAGCUGCCAUCGACGAGUCUUACCUGGGACAGCUGCUGACCAGUCUGGUGGAGGGUCUGGACGCUGAACCCAGGGUGUCAGCUAAUGUCUGCUGGGCUUUCUCCAGCCUUGCAGAGGCUGCGUAUGAUGCCACCGAGUCUCAAGAGGACGAGCCCAACACAUACUGUCUCUCCUCAACGUUUGAAGUCAUCGUACACAAACUGCUAGAAACUACAGACAGACAGGACGCUGGGAACAGUAACCUGAGAAGUGCUGCUUACGAGGCUCUGAUGGAACUGGUGAAGAACAGUGCCAGGGACUGCUACGUCACGGUCCAGAAGACUUCUCUGGUCGUCAUGGACAGAUUGGAACGGGUACUACAGUUAGAGGCUGCAGUUCAGACUAGUUCAGACAGGGCGCAGAUCAACGACCUACAGUCCCUGCUUUGUGCCUCCUUACAGGCUUGUUUAAGAAGGAUGAGACCAGAGGACACCAGACAGAUAGCAGACCGUGUGAUGACAAUGAUUAUAGAGAUGUUGAACGUGUCAAAGGGAAGGUCGGGGGGAGUACAGGAGGAUGCCUUGAUGGCUGUGGGAACGUUGGUGGAAGUGUUGGGUACAGACUUUAUGAAGUACAUGGAGGCAUUUAAGCCAUACCUGGCCCUGGGACUGGGAAACCAUGCUGAGUACCAGGUGUGUUUGGCAGCUGUGGGUCUUGUCGGUGACAUCUGUCGGGCCCUCAGCACACACGUCACCCCCUACUGUAACGACAUUAUGCAACUGCUGCUAGAAAACUUGGCUAAUGACAGUGUCCAUCGGUCAGUGAAGCCCCAGAUCCUGUCUGUGUUUGGAGACAUUGCCUUGGCCAUCGGUCCGGAGUUUAAGGGCUACCUGAAGGUGGUACUCAGCACCUUACAGCAGGCCUCACAGGCUCAAGUAGACAAGAGUGAUUAUGAUAUGAUAGACUACCUGAAUGAGCUAAGAGAAGGGUGUUUGGAGGCCUACACCGGCAUUGUGCAGGGGCUGAAGGGAGAUGGCAACUCCAUCGCAGCUGACGUAGCCGAGCUGCAGCCACAUGUGGCUUACAUCAUCAAAUUCAUCGAACACAUUGCCAAGGACGAGGACCAUUCCGAUAGCAAUGUGGCCUGUGGUUCCGGGCUAUUAGGUGACCUGGUGACAGCCUUCGGGAACGAGAUAAUUCCACUGGUGGAGACACAGACCAUCCAAGACUUCCUGCAGGAGGGCCGCCGCUCCAAGACAAACAAGACAAAAACACUCGCCACGUGGGCUACCAAGGAAAUCCGCAAGCUAAAGAGUGCAUGGGGAGGUAGUUCUAGUACUGACUGUCGAGGGAGCCACGUCUCCCCGUACCCCGCUAGCUCCGCCCCCAACGGCCAUGUGAACGAUGGAGAGUCUGCAGUGGACCUGUCCGGUAGUGCAUAGGAGUAAUAUUAAGAAAGGCAUUCCAAUGGAAUGUCCCAUCCGCAGAACAUGGAGCUUCUGCUGUUGCUGUGUGGACGAGAGAGACUGUAUGUGGAUGCCUGCGAGAGUAAGAGAACAUACGAGCCUCGGCCCCGGGACCUGUUUCCAUGGCAACCAUCACCCAUGGCAACCAUCACCGUGGCAACCAUCAGCCAACCAACCAAUCAGCCUUGAGGAAAUAUCCCUGCAAACAACAUAUUAUUCGGAGAUGAUUUCUACAAUCUACGGAGCACUCUUGUCGUGGACAUGCCUUAGAAUUGUAUCUCAAACAACACAGUACACUGUUCAAAGUCAUUAGGUCUAAACGAGUAUGUAAAUUAACGCAGCAAUAAGAUAUUCCAAACUGAUUCAUUCAAAUCUUGUCUUUUUUACAGGUCUAGUUUCAAAUAUAUAUAAGAGUGUUGAAAAGUUGUAGCUGUGUAGGAAUAUACUGUCUUGAAUAUAGUUGUGCUGGGUGCUAUACCGGGCUGAUAUAUGAAUCCUGGGGCCAUGUGUCCAUUCUGAUAUGAAUGGGUGAUACUGGUAUGACUGGUAUGGAUGUGUGAAAGAGUGUGUGCGUUGUACGCUAAAACACCAACUGAUUCACAAAUAAAAACAAGCCUUUUUCAUCGGAUCGCGACCACCAAUCUAUUUCAACCAGCGUAUUGGUGCAAAUCUUCCACAAAAAAAUGUACAAGAAAAAUACAAGAUGGAGAAGAGAGUGUACCAUAGAUAGGAAUACAUGUAAAUUAUUUUGUAAAUCCCAACUUGGGGCUCUUUAUAUACCAAAUGUUUUAUAUGUUUCAAUAAGAGAUGUUGACUUCUGGAUUCAUCUAUGAAGAAAAGACAAGUCAGCCCAAGUGAGAAAAAAAUUGUGCAUUGAUGUACGAAAAACAAAUAUGUCAUGACUAUAGCUUCCAUGGUUUGUACUGAGCAUAAAGAGUUUAUGAAGUAGCACUAUUAAAAAUAGCUCAGUUUGAUUUUUCUAUGCAAGAGGAAUUGCAAAUUUAGAGCUAAGCUCAGUCUGGUAUCUCCAGCUUAAGGAAGUUAGCAUCGCAUUCGCCGCUGCAGAUUCCACCAAUACACUGGUUGAAACAACUUGCAACAAGUUCUGUAAAUUUGGCUUUCCCUAUUCUGGGCGAAACCAAUGUCUAGUCCGUGUACUAAUUCCUGUGUGAAACAAAACACAAAAAAUGUCAAUAAAAAAAUCUGCUCUACGAGAAAGAUUACAAAGAAGAUAUUUUGUCCAGAGGACUUUUUUGGUACAAAAGAGAGAAAAAAAUGCAAAAAUGUGACAUUGGUUUCUAACCUUGUUAUAUACAUUGUAGAUGUGGUCUAUGCUUUUUGCUUUGUCAGAUAGCUCUUUGUCUUUAACUAUGCAUGUGACUUUUGUUGGCCAAAGAUUGUUGUGACAUUCACCCCUUGGCCUGUUUGGUAGAAGUAUGUGUACACUUCUCACUAAGGAAAUAUAGCUGUUAUCCACUUAAAACAACAGUAGCCAUAUACAAGAUUUGACUUAAGGUUGUAAAGGAUGUGUUUUCUAUUGUACCUUCAAUGAAGCCUGAUAAAAAUCACCAUUUCUGAGUGUACAGCGUUUUUAGUUCAACUUUUCUGUGGUACAUCUUGAAAAGAAACCUUUGUCUUCCUUUGGAAAUACCUGUAUAACAAAGAUGAAUUCUUAAGUGUGUUUGUGAAAUAUUCUGUUCUAGCGAGUUGCAAGGUAUCAAAACUUGUUAAGAUUACUUUAAGUUUGUCAUGUGUUAGCAGAUAUAAAGAGACUGAGAGAUUAACAGAUUUUGUAUGUAAGAGUUGAGGAGCUAUCUGUCAAAUAAAGGAAGACCACAAGACUGCA